AUGUUCGGUAAAUACGCUCAAUCGGUCAAGAUCGGCUUCACAGCGGCUUUGGUCAUUUCGGCCUGUGUCGUUGACUCUGUCACUAUUGCCUACGAUGGAUCUGUCAUGGGCUCUGUCAAUGUGAUGCCCAGCUAUAACAAUUAUUUCGAAAUAACCACGGCCACUAAGGCUGUCAACUCUACGGCCACAUCCUUGGGCGCAAUCCUGAUUGCACUUUUCGCAGGAUUUAUUGUUGAUAAGUUCGGCCGCCGAUACAGCGUUCUGGCCAGUGCACUUUUCAACAUUCUCGGAGCCGUGAUCACUGCCAGUUCUCAAAACCUUGCCAUGUUCAUUGCUGGCCGAAUGGUUGUCGGCUUGGGCAUGGGUCUCGCUCAAACCGCUGCAGGCAUCUAUGUGGCAGAGACAACUCCGCCAAAGAUUCGGGCGUUUGCCUUGGGCUUGUAUUACACGUGCUGGGCCGUGGGAGGUAUCCUGGCUACUGGUAUAUCUUUUGGGUGUACUGCACUUGAGCCUUCAAAUUGGGCGUGGAGAGUGCCAUCUCUGUUUCAGGGGUUCGCCCCUUUACUGAUUGUCGUCCUUACUCCGUUCCUCCCCGAAUCUCCUCGCUGGCUUAUCCAUAAAGAUCGCCUGGAUGAAGCCAUGAAAGUUCUUGCGCGCAUCAACGGUUCCACACCUAACGACCCGAUUGUCCAAGUUCAAUACACGGAAAUUGUUGAUACAUUAAAUUAUGAGAAGACUGAAGGCAAGAGCAUUGGCUUUAUCGGAGUGGUGCGCAGUGCGCCCAAUAGGCGACGUCUUAUUCUUGCUCUGUCGGUUUCCCCUGUGACAAUGUUAACCGGAUCCAAUGUCAUCACUUACUACUACGGAGAUAUGUUGUCCCAGGCUGGUAUCACUUCGUCUACGACCCAAAUGGAAAUCAACCUUAUUCUAUCGGUUUGGCAACUCGUCAUUGCUCUUGCCGGCUGUCUUCUAGCGGAAAGACUCGGAAGGCGGAUGCUCUGUCUUAGUUCCCUGAUUGGUUGCACCGCCAUGUUCUAUAUUGUCGGUGUCCUCACGGCUGUCUACGGUACAAGCUCAUAUGCUCCGGGUAUUCAGGGCACAGUGGCCGCAGUGUUUUUAUUCCUGGGAUUUUACUCAUUUGGUCUUACGCCUUUGACACAGAUGUACCCCCCAGAGGUGUUGUCUUUCCGACUACGUGCUACGGGGAUGAGUCUCUUUACUCUCAUAAAUAAGGCAUGCGGAAUAUUUGUCACAAUGGUUUUCCCCUACAUGUUUGACGCUGUGGGCUGGAAGACGUAUGUCAUCAACGCGAGCUGGAAUUUUCUGUUCAUCAUUUUUGUCUAUUUCUACUGGGUUGAAACAAAGGGCAAGACGCUCGAAGAGGUGGAUGAAUUAUUCGACGGCGUGAAGCACUCUGAUGUUCCAGAUUUGGACCAGGUGAAUAGCGACGAGAAAAUUCUGGCGGGACAAUUUGGGAAAGUUUGA